AUGCCACUUCCAAAACGGUUGGUGGAACCCGUGCACGUGGCACGGGGCACCAUACCCGAUGACUUUCCUCUGCCAUCGGAAUUAGAAGCAGCAACGAACGGGACUCUAGCCAACACCAUAAGGCAACUAUCGAGCUUGUCCAGGCAUGCCGAGGACUUAUUCGGCGAACUUGCCAAGGAAGCUCAUGGGCUCAGCGACAGGGCCAAUUCCUUACAGGCUAGAAUAGACAGGCUGGCUGUCAAGGUAACGCAACUUGACAGCAAUGUUGAAGAAGUUUCGUUGCAAGAUAUUCACAUGAGGAAGGCAUUUAAGAGUUCGGUGGUGUUUGAUCAGCAAGUAGUCUCGAGAGAAUCGAUGCCUACUGCGAUGCUGGAAACAUAUCAACAGUGUGAUCCUCCACCGCCUCUGGAUAAACUUAACACAUAUAGGGACGAUGGAAAAGAUGGACUGAAAUUCUACACUGACCCUAACUACUUUUUCGACUUGUGGAGUCAAGAAAUGCUCAAAGAUACGGAAAAGAAGUUGCACGAUAAAGGGAAAAAGACAGAGUCUGAAUAUGCCGAACCGUUCAGAGAGCCACACAAGACUCGGACCGAGGGAAGUGGUGGUGGCGGUGGAAGGUACAAGAAGCGUGUUCGGCAACCGCACAACACGAGAGAAAGACAACGAAGACUGGCCGAAGGCCAUGGCGAGUAUAUUAUGCCUCCUCAGGGUAUCCAGUACAGGGCGGCGCAUAAUAUUCCGGACGAGGCGCUGCUGGGUAUGGUGAUGACGGACCAGAGACCCCCGAGGCCCAACAGCAUCGAACUCAGGCGGAGUUAUCCUCCAGAAGAACACCAACUUUACAGCCCCCCUACCUCGGAUCACUACAGGGCGACAAACUACGCAGUCCAAGGUUACGACGACGGUUAUGGUUCGCAUUAUGGACCUGGUCAAGGACAACCCGGUAGCGAGACCUAUCAAAGCCCCAGUGGUCCAGGAACGCCGAGUAGAGGUGGUCGAAUCAGACCUUCGCAACCUCCUCCAGCUCCACCUAGUAAUGCUUCCAGCAAUUCGACACCUACCAUAGCUUCUGCCAAUAACACUCCCACGAGAGGAAGAUCGAUGAUCACUGCAAGGGACACUCUUCCACCGCCACCACCACCUCCUGGUGAAACUAUGUCUCCUCCUUCCAUGAAUGGUUCCAUACCUUCGCAUUUAUUGAACAGGAACGGAAGUCGGUCCAACAGUCCUCUGCCCAGCCAUCACACGACGCAAACUCCUGCGAACCAUUUGAACCAGAUGGGCGUGGACGAGACGGAUCCAGCUCCACAGGACUUGCCACCUCCACCUCCAACUCCCGAUCCUGCCCCGGCGAGACCCAAUUCUCCACCCUGCAAUAUACCUCCUCCCCCGCCUCCUCCGCCUCCACCCCCAAUUCUCAACGGACCAACUCCGCCCAUGCCGUUAACCAACGGCGACAUUGCCAAAAUGAUUAUAAAUAAUCCGCCAAAGCUGAGACCCCUGAAGAAUAUGAUUGACGGGGAAAUCCGAAAAACCCAUUCGAACAUUCCUCUGGUAGAUCCUAGAAAUGACCUUCUCAAGGCGAUCAGAGACGGUAUUAAACUACGAAAGGUGGAAAAAAUCGAGCAGAAGGAGGUUGAACGUGUGAAUGCGCUGAACGACGUGGCGUCGAUAUUGGCUCGGCGGGUUGCGGUUGAAUUUAGUGACAGUGACACAGCCUCCGAGAGCGAGUGUGACAGCGAAGGAUGGGGUGAGCAAGAAACAAGCAUCGCGUGACCGAAAUCGCUUACUUCAAAAGUUACUACUGCUAUCUCCUACUAGAUGAACGAUUGAUGCAUUUUUUUGCUUCAACACAUUGUGGAGGCCCAAUUUUCUUUCGUCAUCAAAACCAACAAAUCUGCAUCACGCGAGUUCUGCCGACUCUUUGCUACGUGUGUGUACCAAAGUUUAGCAAAAGAAAAAAAGAAAAAAUAUAUAAACAUUCAUCAGAUUGUUUUAUGUCUGUCUAGUUACAUACCGCACACGUGCAAAAGGCCCUCGCGGCAGAAAAACAAUUCUUUGGUACAAUUCUUAGGAUUUUUUUACGUUUACAAUCAAUUCUUUUAUUUUCUACUUAUUAUUAUUUCUUUUUUGAAAUGUGCGAGAUCUUAUGAAACUCAAUUUGAUCUAUAUUUUGAUUGUGGUUGAUUUUAAUAAAGUAUCCUACUGAAAUUGAA